AUGAAACUGAAGAAGCAGGUUACUGUGUGUGGAGCGGCCAUCUUUUGCGUGGCCGUCUUCUCUUUGUAUCUUAUGCUGGACAAGGUGCAACACGACCCUCCCAGGAGACAGAACGGAGGCAACUUUCCCAGGAGCCAGAUUUCUGUCCUGCAGAACCGGAUAGAGCAACUCGAGCAGCUCUUGGAGGAGAACCAUGAAAUCAUCAGCCACAUUAAGGAUUCUGUUCUAGAGUUAACAGCAAAUGCAGAUGGACAACCAAUCCUGAUCCCGUAUCACACGCCUAAUGGGAGUUGGGUCAUUCCACCAGACCCUCGGCCCAGCUUCUACUCUAUAUCACCCCAGGACUGUCAGUUUGCUGUAUUAAGUAAAGGCAAGAAAACCGAUUUACAGAUGCUGGAUAUUUACACACAGUUGCCUUUUGAUAAUGUGGAUGGAGGGGUUUGGAAACAAGGAUUUGACAUCACAUAUGAUCCUAAUGAAUGGGAGAGCGAACCUCUUCAGGUGUUUGUAGUUCCACACUCGCACAAUGAUCCUGGUUGGAUCAAAACAUUUGAUAAAUAUUACUAUGACCAGACGCAGCAUAUCCUGAACAAUAUGGUGGUCAAACUGCAAGAGGAUCCACGUCGAAGAUUCAUCUGGUCUGAGAUUUCCUUCUUUUCAAAGUGGUGGGAUAACAUCAAUUCCCAGAAGAGGGCAGCAGUGCGAAGGUUAGUUGCUAAUGGCCAACUGGAGAUGACAACUGGUGGCUGGGUGAUGCCUGAUGAAGCCAAUACUCAUUACUUUUCUGUAAUCGACCAGAUGAUAGAAGGCCACCAGUGGCUGAAGAAAAACAUUGGUGUUAACCCAAGGUCAGGAUGGGCGGUGGAUCCUUUUGGGCACAGCUCCACCAUGCCAUACCUUUUAAAACGCUCCAAUAUAUCCAGCAUGCUGAUUCAGAGAGUGCAUUACUCCAUCAAGAAGCAUUUUGCAGCCACUCGAAGUCUGGAGUUUAUGUGGAGGCAGACGUGGGAUCCAGAUUCCAGCACUGACAUCUUCUGCCACAUGAUGCCUUUUUAUAGCUAUGAUGUCCCUCACACAUGCGGCCCUGACCCCAAGAUCUGCUGCCAGUUUGAUUUCAGGCGCUUGCCUGGAGGUAGAAUCAAUUGUCCAUGGAAAACACCACCUAGAGCAAUCACAGAGUCUAAUGUGGCUGAACGAGCAAACCUCUUAUUGGAUCAGUACAGGAAAAAGUCCAAGCUGUAUCGCAGCAAGGUGGUCCUUGUCCCCUUAGGAGAUGACUUCCGUUAUGAUAAAAUUCAGGAAUGGGAUGCUCAGUUCCUAAACUACCAAAAGCUUUUUGAUUACAUGAACUCCCAUCCAGAACUCCAUGUUAAAGCACAGUUUGGAACUUUAUCAGACUACUUUGACACGCUGUACAAGAAAACGGGAGUCACACCCGGAAUGAGACCUCCUGACUUUCCCGUACUCAGCGGAGAUUUCUUCUCCUAUGCUGACCGAGAAGAUCAUUACUGGACUGGUUACUUCACCUCAAGGCCUUUUUACAAGAGCAUGGACAGAGUGCUAGAGUCACAUCUUAGAGGUGCGGAGAUCCUGUACAGCCUGGCGAUCAAUCAUGCAAGGAGAGCUGGCUUGGAAAGUAAAUAUCCGCUCUCUGAUUACGCUUUGUUAACGGAUGCCAGACGCAACCUUGGUUUGUUCCAGCACCAUGAUGCCAUCACUGGCACGGCAAAGGAAGCUGUGGUUGUCGACUAUGGCGUACGGUGA